AUGACCAUCCUCCCGUCUCCCACAUUGUCAUGGGAUACCAUCCAGAAUGUCUUCUACCGCAAGGAAGAGGUAUAUCAGAUGGCCUGGUCCAUCCCGGACCUCUCGGACUAUCUCAUUGCGGCUGCAAGAAACGGUGGACCUAUAGCUAUGAUUCGGGACGAGCGGAAGGUCAUGCUGCUCGGGAAGCACACGCCUGGGAAGCCCAAGAUACAUAUCUACACUGCAGCAGGGGCCCUGCUCAGCUCGUUGACGUGGGACUUGACACCGCCAAUCCUCAUGCACUUCACCUCGACCCACCUCGCUGUCGUCUCGGACGAAGGCACAUACCGGCUCUACGAUCUCUCAAACCCUCAACAGUAUACUCAACAUACGCUCGGCUCGGAAGCGUCAGAGAUGGGGCUGGUCUCGGCCAAGGGGUACGACGAGGGGUUCGUAGUUCUGACGGGCGGAUUGCAGUUCUUGGAAGUUGCAGGAUGGAAGGGCGGGCGGGUCACACCUCUAGCAGGGAGUAGUCUGACAGAUCCACCUACAUCAUGGGCCAUCAUCCCACCCGACCAGUCCUCUAGCGGUCAUAUCGAAAUCCUCAUUUCUACCGGAACCACCAUCGUGACCCUGGACGCCCUGGACCGGAUAGACCAGCGGAUCUCACGCGGGCCCUUCUCACAUAUCCUCCCUUCGCCAAACGGACGCUUUCUUGCCCUAUUGACGGGCUCGGGGUCAUUAUGGGUCGUUUCGGCCGACUUUGGGCGGAAUCUCUCAGAUGUGAGCCUGGCGGACGUCAUGGAUGGGGAUGAGGUCGGUGGCAUACCGGACGGAGCGGGAUGGUGUGGCGACAACGCGGUGGUCUUGUCCUGGGGAAGCAAAGUCGUCGUCGUCGGUCCAUCAGGGGAUUGCCUAAGGUACGAUUAUCCCCCCUCAGUCCACCUCGUGACCGAACCAGACGGUCUCCGUAUUCUAAGCUCUUCCACGUCAGACUUUAUCCAAAAAGUCCCAGAUUCUUCUCUGGCGGUCUUCUCCCCUGGAUCCAGCCAUCCCGCUGCCACGUUAUACGACGCGCUGGAUCUCUUCGACCGGCGCAGUCCAAAAGCCGAUGAGAUAAGGAGUAUACGCGCAGAUCUGGCAUCCGCGGUCGACAUGUGUAUCGACGCAGCGGGACGGGAAUGGGAUGCAAAUUGGCAGCGGAGACUACUGAGGGCAGCCCAAUUCGGCCGAGCCUUCCUGGACCUCUACAAUCCUUCCGACUUUAUUAACAUGGCUCAAACCCUCAAAGUUCUGAACGCUAUCCGAUACUACGAAAUCGGCAUUCCCCUCACUUACGCUCAAUACCUCCUUAUCGGCCCCUCCACACUCAUCUCGCAUCUCCUCUCUCGAAAUCUCCACCUCCUCGCAUUGCGAAUAUCGCAGUACCUGUCACUCCGGCCCGACCCGGUCCUGAAACACUGGGCAGCGGCCAAGAUAUCGCGUUCGAAGGGGGUGGAUCCGAGUGAGCGGGGGAUAGGCGAGGAUGAGGGGUUGUGUAGGGUUAUAGUGGACAAGUUUGAAAAAGAGGGGGAUCGGGGGGUGAGCUAUGCGGAGAUUGCGAAGAAGGCUUGGGAGGCGGGCAGGGUCAGAUUGGCGACUAUGCUGCUAGACCACGAGAGGAGAGCGGCGGAGCAGGUCCCGCUUCUCUUACAGAUGAAGGAAGAGAAGGUCGCUUUGGUCAAAGCGAUAGAUUCAGGCGAUACCGAUCUAGUCUAUCACGUUCUGCUCCACCUGCACUCGUCCAAAUCGCCCGGCGACUUCUUUGCGAUCCUUGACGACUCGUCCAACCCCCAACUCACACCCGCCAUCAACCUCCUCCAGGUCUACGCAAAAGAGGGGGAUCGCCGACUCCUCCGUGAUUUCUACUAUCAAGACGAUCGGCGGACCGAGACUGCGUGUUUGGAGAUGCAGGAGGCUGGGGAGGCUGUCGAGCCAGAAGAGCGAGUAGGCAAGUUGCAAGCUGCCUCGAAAGCGUUUGGAGAGGACAAGGAACGAUUGUUUGAGGCCAAGAUGGUUGAAGACGCGCACCGACUGCUCUCGUUCCAACUUGCUCAAGAACGCGAGCUCGACCAUAAAUACAAGUUCGCCGGUUUGUCAGUCGACCAAUUCAUCUCCCGCCUCCUCACCGAGGGCUUUUCCAAGCGCGCCGAGAAAGUCAGAAAUGACUUCAAGGUCCCGGAUAAACGGUGGUGGUGGGUCAAGCUGAAGGCUUUGGCGGGGAAUAAAGAUUGGGACGGGUUGGAAGCGUUUGCCAAGUCCAAAAAGAGCCCUAUAGGGUAUGAGCCUUUUGUUACACAUCUGCUUGCCCUCAGUCCGCCACAACCUGCCCAGGCGGCCAGCUUUGUUCCUCGGUGUGAUCCGAAAAUCAGGGCGGACUUGUAUGUCCUAUGUGGAGACUGGGGGACAGCAGCGGAAGCGGCGGGGGAGAGAAAAGACAAGGCCAAGUUAGAACAGCUGAGAAGAAGUGCACCAAAUGGCAUAGCUCAAAGAGAAGUCGACGAGGUCAUCAGGCGGAUGAAGUGA